AUGUUGCAAAUACCAAGAACGAGGCUAUUUGGGCAUAUCCGUAACAUUUCUUUCUUACGGAAAAAGCCUAAGGCUUCACGUGCCAAGCGGCCAGGAAAGCAGGACCUCAUAGGUUCCAAGGAAGCCCAAAAACAGCUGUCGGCCGGUGCAGCGCUCAUGGAUGGCGCAGAGGCAGUUCCUGUACCAAUAUUAGAGACCCUUUUCGACGACGCAAAUAUUUAUACACGGCCUAAUGACACACUCAAAACUCCAACCCCGUAUGUGAGUCCUAAAUCGUCGUAUGCACAGUCGCCGUCCGAACUCAAGGGGGUGCAAACCACGGUUCUUAGCACGCUGUUCGCAAAGCGAUGGCUGAAAAAGGGCCCGCCUUAUUUCGUUGAUAAAACACACGCUAUUUAUUACUACCCACCCUGGCACCACGUUGCAUUGGCGCGAAGAUCAAGACCCGGUGUGGUGCUAUGUUUUACACAGGGAAAAGAGUUUAAUGGGAAACAAGCGCCAGAAUGCAAAAGCAAGGGUGAAAAGAGUCGUAAUCCUUUCAAUUAUGCCGUCUGGAGAGGUCGAACAAAGCGUAUUUUCAAGCGGGCGUUUUGGAAUGCCUGGACAAAGACCGCAAAGCCCUGUGAUGGCCUGUACCUUAUAUUAAUGGACCAGGUUCCAGAAGAUGAAGCGCAGUUGGAACGCUCUCUCAAAAAAUACUUGGGUUCUUUGACUAUGCAGGGGAAUUUUUCAUGGGUAGACCACCAAGCUUCCCAGGUCAAACUGGCGGAUGUCAAUCGCCAAUUAUUGGCCCGUCAUUAUAGCCCGCUCAAAGAAUGGCCUCGAGAGACUUGGGAAUCCAGUAAGGAAGACAUUUGA